AUGCCGGUGUGGCGGAGGGGGCGGGCGAAGGCGGCCGCGGUUGCGCUGGCGUCGGGAAGCGACACCGAGAGCGACGACGAGGAGGACAAGCGGGCCUACUCGAGCUCGGCCUCGGGGUUCUCCCGCUCCGGGGUCUCGUCGCAGCUCGGCCGGCAGCUGCCGCCGCGGCGGCCGCCCCGCGUGGCCUCCCUCGCCGCCCUCGGCUUCGGCGCUGCCUCCACCUCGGGUCUGCUGCUUUCGGCGGAGAACGAGGCCCUUCGUGCAAGGGCACCGCCGCCUACUCAGUUUGGGCGAACUCAGUCCAAUCCGGUGUUUGCGAGCGCCUUGUGGGCGCCGGAUUCUGCUUGCAACGCGUCUUUCCACGGAAGUCAGGCCUCCGUCAGGAGAUUGUUGCCAAGGCAACGCCUCAACGAGACGAUGCGCGUCCUCAUCAUUGGCGCUCCACAGGUGGGGAAGUCCUCUUUGGUAAAUAGCUACCGGGCAGCUGUGACCAACAAUGUGAAGUGGCCUGCCGCACCGGUGGGAAUUUGUGGUUUUUGUGGGACAACCACCGUUGACCCUUUUCCCAAUCAUCCCACCGAACCGACGUGGUUAUGCAUCGACACGCCGGGCAGGUUCUACGACGCUGGUAGCCGGCAACUCCUCAAAAAACUAUGUUCAGGGGUGCCGUGGAAAACACGUCUUGCCGGCAACGAUGCACUGACUCCGGAGGAGCUUGAAAAACUCCCUAGUGUUUCUGAAAAUAGUGCUCAUCAGUGCAUUGUGGUUGUUCCUGCGACGGAUUUGAUACAAGACAACGGAUGGAUGAGUGUUUUGUUUUUUGCGUCUCGCUACGAAGCAGCCCCCGACGCGGAAGGUGUCAUCAUGAACCUGCAGGGCCUUGUUUCCACUCUUCGCUCCUUUUUGCACGAUGCCUCCCCGUUUGUUGUGAUAUCCAAGAUGGAUCUCGUCGGUGGCGCUGGAAGUGCGACGGCUCGGCGGGCCAUUACAUCUAUGCUAACGCGCUGCAUUCCAGUGAACCGCUUGUACUUUUGUGCGUCUCCAAAUGAUGAGUCCUCGCACGAGAAAAAACGUCUUCUCACACUUGACCCGGAUACUCGGGUGAGUUUGAUUCGGCUACACGAGGAUUUGUCCUUAGCCUUCCGCUGGAGGAAAUCGCUUGAGGAAGACGCAUAA